AUGCAGAUUAACAGCUCUAAUUUGAGAUUUGAUGCUUAUGUCGAUAACCCUAGAGGCGGCGCAUUGUUGACCUUGAACCAAGGCGUUGCACGUAACGAUGGACACAUCAACGCCCCUGAGAAAGGCCCUUUACCGCGGGGCUUUUCAUCAAAGACGUGCGAUAAGUGCUACUUGCGCAAAAUAAGAUGCGAUCGCCAGCGGCCCCGCUGCUCUUACUGCAUUACAAAUGGCAUCGAGUGUACAUAUGCCGCUCCGAGUCGUCCGUCUCGGCCACGAAAUCGACCCCGGAAGCGACCGGCCGCAACCAACACCAUCGAGACCCUUUCAGGCAUAGCCAACUUGCAUGCGUUUGUGGAGCAGUUACAAGCCCAAGUGGCUGACUUGACCCAGCGCCUUGAGAAUACCAAAGAUAGUCCGGCUGCGCUCCGACACCAAGAGCAGCUGCAGACUCUAGCACCGUCCGUCGCAGCGCAGUCAAAGAAGUCUACGCCUUCGCCGGCCGCGCCGCCCAUAUCCGCAGGCAUGAGCGCGCUAUAUCGUAUGGAUACCCGCGUGCCUGGUUCGGAUGCCGCCACCAUGGAUUUGCCGCCAUAUCGAGAGGUUAUGCUCGCUAUCCGCGUCUUUCUUGACAGCUUCAAUGCUGUGAUGCCCCUAUUCGAGCCCAAGAACUUGGUCAAACUGGUCAAUGACUGGUACGCCGCCCCACAGCAGCGAGAUCCGGUAUCAUGGGCCGCCAUCAACGUCGUAUUGGCUUUGGCCUACAAGCAAAACCUAGCUGGUAGCUACGGUCUUACCGGUGGCGAAGACCUUGCCUUCUUCCAUCUAAGCAGAGCCCAGUCAGUCAUCUCGGCAGUGAUUCUCGGCGAUACGGUGCUGCUCAAUGUCCAAGUCCUCUUGGCCAUGAUCAUCCUGCUCCAGGCAUCCAAGGACCUGAAACCGUCCCUGAUCCUCAUCGCCACGGCGAUGCGUCUAGCUCAUGAACUUGGGUUGCAUUCUCGUGCUUCAACGAGCAACCUCGACCCUGUUACUGCCAGGCAGCACUCUUAUGUUUUCUUCAUUGCUUAUAUUCUCGACAAAGAUUUGAGCAUGCGCGCCCGGCAGCCAUCUAUCCAACACGACGACGAUAUUGAUAUCGAUAUGCCUACGCCUGCAGCUAGUCAUGAUAAUCCUUUGACCGACGGUGGUCAAGCCGAUCACGACGCGCUCGACAUUAUCCCUGGUGUAGUAACCACGCUCACUGGAGACGCCAGUGUAAAUUACUUUCUUGCUCGCAUCCGGCUCGCUAGCAUUCAGGGGGGGAUCUACGACUAUCUCUACUCGGCGCGGUCCCAGAGUCGUAGCACAGCGGAGCGCGCAGUUGCACACGAAAGCCUCGUUCAAGCGCUUGAGCAAUGGCAGUUGUCCAUCCCUCCUGAGUUUGCCGCGGCCCUAGCUCCCCAGAGCCUAUCACCCACAGUCCUCCCUUUCUUCUGCAUUCUACAUGCUACCAGCUUUGCCUGUGUGACCAUGAUAAACCAGGCGCAUGCAUGGGAUGAGCAGUGGGUGAAGAGCCUGCGCAAGGCUUGCAAGGAGUCGGGCAGGUUGCCGUUACCGUCGCGCUGGGAGUCCUUGGUACAAGAUGCCUGUGAUUUCCUGAACCUUUUUGAAGCUGUUCCCAGAGGCUAUGGCUUGGUAUGUUUUGAGCUGGGCAAUCUCUCACGGGCUGAAAUCGGAUAG